AUGCAACGCACUCCAAGCCCAUCUAAACGGCAUCAAGUAGAUAUCGGUCAUGCAGACCAAUCUCAGAAAUGGGAAGAAACCAUUCAGUUGUCAGAUUCCAUGAACCAAGACGAUAUUACAGAUUUACAUACACAAACCGACGUCUACCUUCGACAACUUGUAUCUGAUUUAACUCAAGACGAAUGGAUGUUUGGGACUGUAUCUCAUCCAACAUGCGUAGCUCCUUCAACCACUUCUGUAUCCAAUCUGUUUCCAUACAUCAACCCAUCUGCUGAUGCAGUAGACAUGGCUUCUGUUGUGUCGGUUGAGUUUAUUGAUGUUCUGGGCUUGUCCAAGACCAUGUAA